AUGGUCGAUCGAAUUAUGAUCCUACCAUUUGGAGUAAUUUUAAUCGUUGUUUUGUUGCUACCAAUGUCAGCAACAGAACCGUGCGACAUGAAAGCUGAUGUUUGCGAAUAUAAGUUUAUUGUUGCUUAUCAACUGACAAUGGUGAAAGGAAAACAACUCCUGAAAGCUGUGAAUAGUAAACUCUAUCCAGUUGAAACCGUGAAUAUAAGUACAGCGACUCCUGUUCCAGAAGACGAGGUAAUUACAAUGGAUGGCUAUUCAGAGUCUCGACUAGUAAUUGCAGUUAAUGGAACAAUCCCAGGCCCGGCAAUCGAAGCUUACAUCGGCCAGACAGUUAUUGUUUACGUUGAAAAUCAACUAUACUCUAGUGACGUUACAAUUCAUUGGCAUGGAUUGCACCAAAGAGGCACACCCUUCAUGGACGGGGUUCCCUACGUAACUCAAUGUCCUAUAGGUCCAUCACAGUCGUUUGCAUAUAAGUUUAAACUUACACAAACUGGCACAUAUUGGUAUCAUUCUCAUAUUGGCACGCAAAGGACCAUGGGGCUCUAUGGAGCGUUUAUUAUUAGGGAAAAAAAUCCGAUGCCAAUACUAGAACAUAUUAUGGUUGUUACAGAUUACAAUCAUCACUGGGAUUCCGAUGUAGCUUACGUCCGGACUUUGCAAGGCAUGUACGUUAAGCAGAAAAAGAUCGAAAACACCCAUUCCUUAGACGGAUCAUUCUUCAGUCUUUUCAAUUUUCAUUCUGGUUUAGUCAAUGGCCGUGGACGAUUCUAUAGUCAAAAAGGUAUUCAUAACGAAGCGCCUCUUGCUAAAUUUACUGUUAAACCAGGAAAUAAUUAUCGCUUCAGAGUUAUAUCAGCCAGUGCUCAGUAUCCGUUUGAAAUUUCUGUUGAUGGACACGAGCUGCAGAUUGUUGCUUCAGAUGGUUCCGGAUUGGAGCCAUAUAUAGCAGAUGUCUUCGUUAUAAACCCUGGAGAACGCUUCGAUUUUAUUAUUACAACUAAUGAAACAGUUGGAAACUACUGGAUUCGGGGAAAAACCACAGAAAUUGAAAAGAACAACAGGUUUGAAGCUAUUUUGCAUUAUGAGGGUGCUCCUGAUGAAGAACCGAAUUCAUCACCUAGGAAUUGCACGCAAGAUGAUCCAUGUAACGUUUUAAAUUGCGCAUUUUCAUUUUAUCCAAUGGAUCAACACCGAAAAUGUAUCCCAUUUUCUGAAUUGAAUUCUACUUCUGAUUAUGAAGUGCCUCGUGUCGUACGUGGGAAAUGGAAAGAAUACUUUUUAAAUUUUGCUUUUCCGGGUGUACCCGGUAAAACACCGGGUUCAGUGAAUGGGCGGAAAUACGUUGAGCCCUCCGUAAAUGCGCUAUACCAGCCAGACGAAGUAGAUACAUUAUGUGACAAGAAAGACUGUGGGGUUGAUAGGAUAUGUGGGUGUACCUACUCUUUAAAACUAAUCAAAGGCGAUACUAUUCAAAUGAUUUUCCUAAAUAUGGGGAUGGGCAAAGGUUCCCAUCAUCCAAUUCACAUGCAUGGAUACACGUUUUCAGUAGUGAAAAUGGGUUAUCCUACUUUUAAUGAAACUACUGGUUCAUUUAUCGCCGAUACUUCCGAUGUUGACUGCCGUGGUGAUCCGAAGAAGAAUUUUUGCAAUGAUGCUGCCUGGAGCAACAGCAACUGGGGUGGUGACAACAUCCCCGGAAUUAAAUUAAAAAGAGCUCCACUGAAGGAUACUAUCAUUGUACCGUCGGGUGGCUACGCUGUUAUUCGGAUCAAGGCCGAUAACCCAGGUUUAUGGUUUAUGCACUGUCACAUUGAAAUGCAUAAUAUGGACGGAAUGGCAAUGCUUCUGAAUGAAUCUUUCGCUGAUGUGCCCAAAGCACCGGAUUAUUUUCCUGUUUGUCGAAAUUUCACGCCUGAAGCAAUCAGUCGGAUACCAGUUGUCACAGUAUUAGAGACUACAACCAUUACCACACCAUUAAUUAAUCUAGAAGAAGACAUUCAAAAAGAUCGAGAAAUUGAAAAAAUGACCUUUGGCAUUCUCGUUGCCGUUAUUUGCGUCCUCUGUUUGAUUAUCAUUGUUUUAACUGUCGUGUUGUCAAAGAGAAGCCUUCAAUAA